UUUGACAGGUGUCGUCUCUAGUCCAAACUCUUGAGAAGCAUCAGAUCCCCCAAAACCUAAGAAUUCUUGUGUCGUUUUCUUCAAUAAUUUGACACCCAAAUCGAUAGCAGUUCAACUCUUUAUAGGCAUUUCAGGUUAAAGUUGAAGUCUUUGGUGUGGGAAAUCAUGGAGGCUUCACACGAAUUGUGUUCCAUAGAGGAAGAUGGGGAUGGUGAGAAGGCCAUGACUACCACUUCUUAUCCCGCCGGCGCCUCCGACUUCCGGUUGUUUGACCGGCAAGGCUCAGUUCACGAUUGCUUUGGUGGGGGACAAGCUGCUGAUGUUCUGUUGUGGAGACGGCGGCGUGUUUCUAUCGGUGCUAUUGUUGCCGCCACAGUCUCUUGGCUUCUGUUAGAGCGGUCUGGAUUAUCAUGCUUAACAGUUUGCUCAGAUAUCUUGCUGAUUUUGGUUGUAUUGCAAUUCCUUCGAGCCAACUAUGCUGUUUUUCGAAAUAGACAAUUGCAAGCAAUACCAGAGCUAGUGGUAUCAGAGGAAAUGGUUAACAAUGCCGCCGCAUCAUUUCGGGUUAAAAUCAACAACGUGCUGCUUAUGGCUCAUGACAUCACUAUUGGGAAAGAUUUUAAAUUGUUUUUCAAGGUGGUGGUUUGUUUGUGGCUCAUGUCUGUCAUUGGCAGCUUUUUCUCUUUCUUCACCCUUGCUUAUAUUGGUUCAGUCAUGUCCAUAACAAUUCCUGCCUUGUUCAGCAAAUAUGAAGGGACUGUGGAUAAGUAUUGUGGAAAGAUCCACCGCCAAUUUUCAAGGCAUUAUAAAGUCGUGGAUGAGAGUGUUUUUAACAGACUCCCCAGAAAUACAUCCAAAGACAAAGACCCUUAAUCCAGAUACUUUAGAUUUAGACCCCAAAACUAAUAGAUGUGUUGCUGCUGUGUAAAAGACUGUCAUUCAAGGCUUACACUGAGUUUCAAUCAUUUUAGAUGCAGUUAUUCUUGUCCAGUCAUUGAUAUGUUGAUAUCUAAUUGUUAUGGGUCAUUCGAUGAGUGCCUUUUUCAGCAUAUUCUCAGUUUCCUAUCUC